AUGCGCCGACACCGCUUCACCCACUCCGCCACGCCGCCGUCCCGCCGCGUCGUGCCCCCAUCCCGCCACGCCGCUGACCCGCCGUCUCGCCACGCCGCGGACCCAACGUCCGCCCGAGCCGCCCCGCCGCUCCGGCCACGCCGCGUCGGCCCGCCCAAGCCGCGACGCGCCGGCCGCGCCCCCGUCCACCCGAGCCACCCCGCUGCUCCGGCCACGCCACGCCGGCCUGCCCAGGCCGCGCCCCGGCUGCGCCGCGCCGCCCGGCCGCACCGCGUGGCCCGCCACUGGAGCGUCCCCGACCUGAGGAGGGCCUCGGCCGGCCUCCGGUCGCCCCGGCCGCCGCCGUCGUGCUCCUCCCAAUGGGAGAAGGGGCGAGCACUCCGUCGUCGAACCGUGACGCAAUUCGUCUGCACCAACACGCGCGUCAUCGCCUCGCCCGCCAUCGAGCCCUAG